AUGACUGAGCCCAAAAGUGGGAGCCAUGGCGAUGACUUGCAGACGUCAGAGGCAUCAGACCGCGCCACAACCAUCCAGGACUCUCCACUAGAAUCUGAAGGGCCUUCCCGUGAGGAGGAGACUGAGACGAAUGAAGCGGUGCGGCGUAGUCCGAACCGAAGAGUUUCAAUAAUUUCCCACAUCGGUGAGCUUGGCGGAGCACUGGCCCAGACCGCGGCGACAGCUGCAGCGACCACAGCGCGGCAGACGGCUGUGACCAUGACGACUCUGACCACUCUCGCCAGCGGUGUCAGCGAGUAUACCGACACCAUGUUCGCACCGACCACCUCGAGGGGCCUAGCCAAGCAUGUCCAAACGGAUGAAGCAAGCUUUAACCAGUUCCUGGACCAAGUGAUUAAAGCACAUGUGGAAGGCGGGGCCGAUCCACGGCGUCGAGGAAAGGACAAGCGCGACUUGACCGGCAUUCUCGAAGGCGAUGUGUCCGGAGGAGUUGCCAACAAAGCAGGGAGCGAAGACUUCUGGUACACUGUGUCGGAGAGCUACAUGGCUUUUUUCAUCCUCGAGUUGAUUAUUCGCAUCGCUGCGGCCCCACACCGCUAUUUCUGGCAAUCUGGUUUCGUAGUGCUUGACAUUGUCCUCGCGCUGGCUUCUGUCGUAGAAGCAUUGCUGCCAUCAAUCUCGGAUCAGUUUCCGCGAGGCCAGUUCACGUUGCUGAUCCUGCAUGUUCUUCGCUUUCUCAGAGGGCUGCAGUCGCUGAAUAUGCCCGAGUCAGCUAGCGCUGUAAAGGCUUGCUUCGGGGGCCUGCUUCCGGUGUUCAUCUUUCUCAUCCUUGGAUGCAUCUGGAGCUUCCUCGCAAUUGUUUGGUAUCUCGUCUUCAGCAACACCGCCACCCAGCCCAUCCAAUUCAGCGACUUCGGAUCCUCUGUGCUGACGCAGUUCUAUCUUGCCUGCUACGGAAUGGACUGGGAGCGCAUUACCUCGCGACUGGCGCUGGAAGGAACUCAGACCGCCUCUGCCGUUGCGCUAGCGUUUGUCAUCGUCCUUUCAUCGCUUGCCUUCUUUACAGCUAAUGCGGCCAUUAUCCUCUUUCACGAGCUUGCUGACAAAGGGAUUGCGGAAUACCGCGAGUACGAUAGGUCCAAGCAGAUGAGGAGGAGGUUGCUGGGCCUCCAUCGGUUUGAGCAUUCGUUGAAAGCUGCUGCAUGUCGAAAUGGUGCAACAGACGACUCUUGGGCUGAGUGGCUGAUGCAAUCCCGGGACAGGCUUGAGAGUACCCUCCAGGAGCUGCAGAACAACGAGCUCCGAGCUCUAAGCCUGUCAGUGACUGAAAUCCUCCAGCUCUACGAUCACUUGUUCGAGGUCAACCAUGGAGAUUGCAGAGUUUCGGAGCUGCUUUUUGGGAUCCUUCGCAUGAUCAGCCCAGCGGAGGUGGCCGAGUUUCUGCAGGUGGACCACUUGCAGAAACAGUGCACGCAGGUCGCGGAGGCCGCAGCGAUCAAAAUGGAGCAAGAGGUCGAAAACAGCCGACAGCAUCUUGACGUGAUGGAACACAGCGUCUUGAGACUUCAGAAGCAGCUCCAGAAGCUGCGAUCGCAAGCAAAUACAGCACGCCAGGAGCUGAAAGGAAUGGUUUCGGAGGUGGAGCAGCAGUACCAGGAUUGUAUUGACAGUGUCAACCAGGCAGCAUCCAUACGACGGCUCCACCUCCAGCUGACGCACAAGAACUCCCGCCAGGAGGUCUUCAACCAGGUCCACGAUGCACAGAGGUCUCUGUCACAUCUCUACUACUUCAACCACUACUGCAGUGCCUUCGGAUUCCCUCCGCUGGGAUCUGAAGCGGCUUGGGCUCAGGCAGCUGAGGACUCGAAGCGCGCCUUCGGCGACUCAUGGCAUUUCGACAAGAUGGCCAGACUGCUGCAAGCCGAAGUCAAGAAACGCGUCGAGACCAGAUUGAAAGAAUAUUUAAAGUUGCGCACAGACCCUGCGCGGAGCACGCAGCGGGGCAGUCCUGCUGCCAUGCUCUUUUCCACACCUGGGUCGGGAGGUGUGACACCCAAGCCCAUCUCCACGCCAUGCAGACUUAUAGACAUUCGAACUCCUCUGAGACCAUGUUCGAGGCAACGAAGCAAGGAGUUUCAAGACGAUGUGCGGGUUGCCCUCGAAGAGCAGUCGGCAGAGCUUCUGCGAGUAGCGUUGCAGCGUCGACAUGCGUGUCCCCGCGAUCACGCUCUGCAUGAAGCAGUUCGCCAGGGCAACUGUGCUGCAACGCGGCUCCUGCUGCAAAACAUGGCUGAACCCAACGAGCGUUGUCGGGCGUUGGAGCGGGGCUGCGAGCUUCCAUUGCAGCUUGCGCUCUCCUCCAACCUUGUACGCGCCAGCGAGCGGCAGCAGAUGGUGGAGCUACUCCUUCAUGCGCGAGCCGAUCCGGAGCUUCGGCGCAGCGAUGCUGAGGGCAGCCCACCGCUUCAUGAUGCCGUCCGACUAGCAGAUGCUGGGAUCGUGGAGCUUCUUCUCAGGCAUCGCGCAGAUCCGAACUCCCGCAAUUCCUUCUCCGAGGCACCCUUGGAUCUGGCGCUAAGAGGAAGCAACUUCUUGGGCGUGGAUGUGUCCUUGAGCCUGGUGGAGGUCCUUUUGAAGUGGGGCGCGUGUCCCACAGGGUUAAGUGCCAGACUCGGGGAGCCUCUGCAGUACCUGGAUGCAGCCACUAGUGUCUUGAGGUGGGGAAGCCACUUUCCAACGAACUGA